AGAGACAAAAAUGAACAGCUCCUUUCACAGUGACAAUGAUUCGUUACCGGACAGCUGGUCAUCUGGAGGGAACAUUGCAGCCUGUGUGAUCCUGGGGGUGUGUUUCCUGGUGGGCACACCUGGGAACCUGCUGGUGGUGUGGACCAUCUUGAAGCAUGUGAAGCAGCGUUCACAUACGGUGCUUCUCAUCCUCCACCUGGCAGCUGCAGAUCUUCUGGUGCUGGUCACUCUGCCGCUGUGGAUCUACUCGCUGGCCCGUUCCUGGGUGUUUGGAGAGGCUGCCUGCAAAGCCAUGGUGUACAUCAUCAAUGCCUGUAUGUACAGCAGCAUCUUCAUCAUCACCGUCAUGAGUGUGGAGCGCUUCCUGGCCAUCAGAUACCCCUUAAAGAUGCUGUAUUGGCAAAAUAGGAUGUCCAUGUCCAUAAUACUGGCAGUGACCUGGAUCCUGUCAUUCAUUUUGGGGAUUCCAAUCAUCCUAACCCAGUAUAUUGAUGAAGAUGAUGAUGGAGUGAAACAUUGCUUCUACCGGGAGUACGACUCUAUGUCCAUUGAAGUCUUUUGUAUGUGUUUGGAGACUCUGCUUGGCUUCGUUAUUCCAUUUCUCACACUUGCGAUCUGCUACUGUCAGGUUGCCGUACAGCUCCGAAAGGUGCGCUUUAGGACCAAGAAAACGGCCUUUCUCAUUUGUGGAGUGGUCGUGGCCUUCAUUGUGUGUUGGUUACCUCACCACAUGCUCAAUGUCGUAGGGAUGGUGGUUCUUCUAGUAGGAGGAUCAGAUGAAUGGUCUCAUAUCCCAAAUAGUGUCUUUAUUUCUGGAGCUCUGGCAUUUAUCAGUAGCUCAGUAAACCCUGUGCUGUAUGCGUUUGCUUCUAAAAACUUACAUGGAAGUCUGAAGAAGUCUGGGAUAGUGAAGCUGUUUCAGGACUUAACAACACAAACACAGCAAGGCUUCUUACAGGAUUCUGGACUGCAGGAUGGAAAGAUCCUUGAAGAGCCCAAUGGUGGUGAACAAGAGGGAUCUCACAGAUCUCUGAGUAACUGUUAG